AUGAGUUCUGACAAGCCUGCGGAUUACGGUGCCCUUGCGGACACCGAGGCUUCCGAGGCGGAUGAAUCGUUCGAUGUGUCCAACACUUACUACCUUAAGGACACAAGUACGAAUUUGACAUUUAAGCAGCGGCUGCGCAAGCUAACGCUGGUCGCUUCCCCAUUGUUAGUUGCUGGUCUGAUCAUGUUUCUUUUCGCGUUAUUCUUGAGGGGGGCUUUAAAUUCAGGUCCGAGUGCAGAGCACGCCGGCGGCACUACUGUGCAUUCCACAUCCUUCAGCGAUACUACCGAUUCUUCCCGAUCGGAUACAGUACCACGAGGCCUGCCGCCAAGCAGAUCCUCAAAGCCGACUUCGGCUAGCACAUCAUCCCGUGAUGCACCUAGUAUUGGGGCCUGUUCCGCGCACCUUGCGUGUGCUGCUUUGGUGGGGGAUUGCUGCCCAACCAAGGGUGGUAUAACGCUCGAAUGCUGCCAUGCUUAA